UUAUCCAUUAUCCUGAGACGGCACGCAUUCCCAAGCAACCGCCUAUUUUGAUUGCUAUAUUUACCUGAAAAUGGCCACCGAUCACCAUUUCAUUUACUUUUCCGGCCAAUCUCAAGCUCAAUCUCAUUUCUCCGGCGGCUUCAGUAAUGGAGAAGGCAAUCAACAGGCAGAGCAUUCUGCUACAUCAUCUCCGGCCUUCAUCUUCGGCUUAUAGCCAUGAAUCUUCGCUCUCUGCAUCGGUUUGUGCAGCUGGGGAUAGUGCGUCGUAUCAAAGAACGUCGGUGUUUGGAGAUGAUGUCGUGAUAGUUGCAGCAUACCGCACCGCCCUUUGCAAAUCGAAGCGUGGCGGCUUCAAGGAUACUUAUCCUGAUGAUCUGCUCGCCCCUGUUUUGAAGGCAUUGAUUGAGAAAACUAAUUUGAAUCCAAGUGAAGUUGGGGACAUUGUUGUUGGUUCUGUGCUUGCACCAGGUUCUCAGAGAGCGAGUGAAUGUAGGAUGGCUACUUUCUAUGCCGGCUUCCCUGAAACUGUGCCUGUUAGAACUGUUAAUAGGCAAUGUUCGUCGGGGCUGCAGGCCGUUGCUGAUGUAGCAGCAGCUAUAAGAGCAGGAUUUUAUGAUAUUGGAAUUGGAGCUGGGUUGGAGUCGAUGACUGUUAAUCCAAUGGCUUGGGAUGGAUCUGUCAACCCUAGAGUGAAGUCAAUGGAAAAUGCACAAAACUGCCUUCUUCCGAUGGGAGUAACCUCAGAAAAUGUUGCCCAGCGUUUUGGGGUGUCAAGGGAGGAGCAAGAUAAGGCUGCUGUUGAGUCUCACAGGAAGGCUGCAGCUGCCACUGCUAGUGGCAAAUUUAAGGAUGAAAUUAUCCCUGUUUCUACCAAGAUUAUUGACCCAAAAACUGGUGAAGAGAGACCCGUUACGAUCUCUGUUGAUGACGGGAUUCGACCGAACACAACUCAAGCAGAUUUGGGGAAGCUAAAGCCUGUGUUUAAGAAAGAUGGAACCACCACUGCUGGCAAUUCUAGUCAGGUGAGUGAUGGUGCUGGAGCUGUUCUCCUUAUGAAGAGAAGUGUUGCAAUGCAAAAAGGACUCCCUAUUCUCGGCGUCUUCAGGACUUUUACUGCUGUGGGUGUGGAUCCUGCUAUCAUGGGUGUUGGCCCGGCUGUUGCAAUUCCAGCGGCUGUCAAGGCUGCUGGGCUUGAACUGAAUGAUAUCGAUCUUUUUGAGAUAAAUGAGGCAUUUGCAUCCCAAUUUGUGUAUUGUCGUAACAAGCUGGGGCUUGAUCCAGAAAAGAUCAAUGUUAAUGGCGGAGCAAUUGCCAUUGGACAUCCACUGGGUACAACAGGCGCUCGCUGCGUUGCUACAUUGUUGCAUGAGAUGAAACGCCGUGGCAAGGACUGUCGUUUUGGAGUGAUAUCAAUGUGCAUAGGCACUGGAAUGGGGGCUGCAGCUGUGUUUGAGAGGGGUGAUUGUGUUGAUGAGCUUUGCAAUGCUAAGAAAGUUGAAGGAAUCAAUCUUCUGUCCAAGGAUGCUCGGUAGAACAAGUUUCAAUACUCAAUAGUGUGAGACAAGGAAAUCAAUAAGGAUACAGUUUUAUGGAGAUUUGAUUAUCUGUUUGCUUCCCACCAUCUUGUUCCAUUUUGGACGCAUCAUUUUAAUUCUGUUGUCUUUUGAUUUGUUUCCAUAAAGGCUUCGAAGUUAGUCCUUUGUUAUUGAGUGUCGUCCGAACUACCUGAUGAUCCUUAAACAAGUAGUCAUUUGGUUUGAAUUCAACAGAUGAAUGGAUAUUUGGAUGUUUAUCAUCGGUAAC